AUGACGCUGAACGCCAAAGGAGUCACCGCCUUAGAGAGACUUCACAGCAGCGCAGUAUCCGUUGGCAAGCAAACGCAGAGCAACAACGACGGAGGCGACAGAACGAAAACGAGGAGCAACGUUUGGUCAGACGCUCAGCUAAUGCAGCGCUUCAGGAAAAUAGACGCCAAAGCGAAGACGUUGAAGAGCGUUUUGCUCGGCAGAUGGCAAAUGCAGACCGCCAGCAAAGAAGACGCCAAAGUGAGAACGAUGGCCAGCGGUCUGCAAGACUACUGGAGAACUCACAACGCCAGCAAAGGAGACGCCAAGGUGAGAACGAUGAACAGCGGUCUGCAAGACUUCUGGGGAACUCACAACGCCAGCAAAGGAGACGCCAAAGUGAGAACGAUGGCCAGCGGUCUGCAAGACUACUGGAGAACUCACAACGCCAGCAAAGGAGACGCCAAAGUGAGAACGAUGGCCAGCGGUCUGCAAGACUACUGGAGAACUCACAACGCCAGCAAAGGAGACGCCAAGGUGAGAACGAUGAACAGCGGUCUGCAAGACUUCUGGGGAACUCACAACGCCAGCAAAGGAGACGCCAAAGUGAGAACGAUGGCCAGCGGUCUGCAAGACUACUGGAGAACUCACAACGCCAGCAAAGGAGACGCCAAGGUGAGAACGAUGAACAGCGGUCUGCAAGACUUCUGGGGAACUCACAACGCCAGCAAAGGAGACGCCAAAGUGAGAACGAUGAACAGCGGUCUGCAAGACUUCUGGGGAACUCACAACGCCAGCAAAGGAGACGCCAAGGUGAGAACGAUGAACAGCGAUCUGCAAGACUUCUGGGGAACUCACAACGCCAGCAAAGGAGACGCCAAGGUGAGAACGAUGAACAGCGAUCUGCAAGACUUCUGGGGAACUCACAACGCCAGCAAAGGAGACGCCAAGGUGAGAACGAUGAACAGCGGUCUGCAAGACUUCUGGGGAACUCACAACGCCAGCAAAGGAGACGCCAAGGUGAGAACGAUGAACAGCGAUCUGCAAGACUUCUGGGGAACUCACAACGCCAGCAAAGGAGACGCCAAGGUGAGAACGAUGAACAGCGGUCUGCAAGACUUCCUGGGGAACUCACAACGCCAGCAAAGGAGACGCCAAAGUGAGAACGAUGGACCAGCGGUCUGCAAGACUACUGGAGAACUCACAACGCCAGCAAAGGAGACGCCAAAGUGA